GUUUAGUGUUUACAUAACUUAAUUUGGUUAUAUUUUUGUUUUGAUGUUAAACUUAUUUAAAACUUUUUAUUUUAUUUUAUUAAUCUAAGUGUAGUAAUGUUUAUAUGAAUUUUAAAAUUAACGAAGAAUCAGGAUUUUUGUCACACUAUGGGUGAUAAUAAAAAAAGGAAGAGCAGCAGUUUUCGCAAAAUAUUUCCAUUUUUCACAAAAAAAUGUAAACCAAAACAUGACGAUAUUCCUCAUAUUUCCAAGAGACCGAGUCACAAUCAAGUCUGCAAUCAAUAUUACAAUCCACAGUCUGUGAUAAAAGACAAUAAAGAAAAUGUUUCGGAGCAAACUGAAACUAUAUAUGAAAAUCUCUCGGUACCAUGUACUGUAGCGCAAAGCUAUAAAGAUAAACAAAGUACGAAAGAUUCUAAAAUAUGUAUUCACAAUAAUGAUAAUUGGAAUCAACAUCAAGGUACUAAUUACCCACAAGAACUGUCAUUACAAAAUAGUCAUGAUACAAAUUCAAGUAUUGAUUUAAGGCAAUAUCCUGAUACGUACUAUCACUCUCUAGAUAAGUUACCAAGUAACACACUUCAUGUAGAUGAAAAAGAAAUAUACAAAGCAUCGCAAUUUCAAACAAAUCCAGAAUCAGUUGGGGCUGAAAUAAAACGUGUAAGCACCAAGUUCCUGAUUUCGCCGAAAAAAGAAGCCGAGGUUCGUACUAUUAAACCUACAAGGGCACGAAGUUUGUCCCUUAGUAAAAACCGACUUGCCCAGCAACCAAACCUAUCAAAAACAUACUACGAAAAUCGUGAUGUUGGUAAACCCUACCACUAUUCUGCGCCAACAUCUCCUAUCGCGGUUGGUCAUCGAAUACCAAGUAUGCCACUAACUCACUCGCCAUAUGAAAGUUUAAAAAAAAAUAUGCUGGAAGCAGAAGAGGGCCGAAAGUCGUUAAGUCGAAUGAGCAUUCAAUCAAAAUCUUCAGCCCCGCCAAUCGAAGGCAAUAAGGACGUUAAAGAAACCGCUCGCCUUAAAGUGGAAGCGUUCUACUGGCAAAAAAUCAAAGAGUUAAAAGAUCAAGAGGACGAGUAUAUAUUGAAGCAAACACUGAACAAUAUGUCACCAUCUCCGAAUGCUAACACAUAUUCAAACUGCAGCUCUCCGAGUUCGUUUAUGAUGAAUUCCAGAAGUUGUAGCUUACCACAAGAUGUAAGGCGGCGAAAUAAUUUUAUUAUGUCAAAUAAUUAUUUACAUCUAAAACCACCAUUCACUAGAGGUAUUUCGGAGCGGCGAACUGACAGUUUUGUAAGAAAAAUAUCAAACAACGCAGAGUUUGAUGACUACUAUCAUCAAAAAAGAACAUCGACACCAAUAAUUCAUGAAAAUAAAUUAUACACAAAUGCCGAAAGGGUACAGAAGUGUGUAAAUAGCACUUCGCAUCAAACAAUAAUGGCUGGCAGAUUUAGUAAUCAAACCAUUACUGCGGGAUGCCCUCGACCGCCCAUUCGUACAUCCAGUGUCAGAAGCUCUUCAUCAUCUCACAGAAAUAAUGGAUUGGUGCAGACUGGUCGAAGCGCGCUUUAUUUUGGAUCGGAGAGCGGUUCAGACGCUGGUGAAAUAAAAUUGUUGCCGAUGGAUAUCAAUAAAGAUCAUUUCAAGAAGUCGCCAAAGAACAUGCCUGUAUUUUAUGGAUGAAUGAAUAGACAUUAUCAAAAACCGUCUUCGACGAAAUUAAAUUUUUAAGAGAUCAAUACAAUAAAACAAGCAAAGACAAGCAUGCGACGACAUCGUGGAUUCGACUAUUCUGUGCGCGACUAAAUCUAUAUAUUUAACUAGGAUUGUUUUGAUAAUUUAAUGAUUAUUUAGAAGUUAUUUUACUCCAUAAUGUUUUUUAAAGCCACGUUUUCUACAGAAUGCUCACAAAAUCAUUUUAUUUUUCAUACAUAUGUAUCGUAAUAAAUAUCGUAUUAU